UCAUCCGGGUUACGUUAGCAUUGCAAAUGGCGUCCGAUUCGAAGCAGCUUUCCAUCAUUUUUAUUUUCCCUCUAAACUUUUAACAUUGACCGGUUAUUUAUUGAAGGUUUACGUUUCUUUGUUAUAUUUUCAUGAUGGACGCAGCCAAGAGUUUUAAACUUGUAUGUAUAAGCUAAUUUACUUUGUAAAUAAGGUCGAAUCGUCGGGAAGCAAAGAGGAUCAAGACAUCUUGGAAACAUUUUGACCCAUAACCAUGGCUACAAAUGCAGGUCUUAACUCGGCACGGAACAAGCUUGAUGGUCUUCUUAGAGAACUGAUUGAAAAGCCAGAUGAAAGUGCUGAUGGUGAUCCCCUUCAUGGACUUGAUAGCUUCUCAGCUUCAAUGCCACCUCCUUCAACCCCAACAAAGAGGAGCUCUUCAGCCAAGGGCCCAAGAAAAAGACGGAAAAAGGACUUGACUUAUGAUGGAGAUGGUACAGAUGGAUCAAGAACUCAUGCAAGUUAUAUUCUAAAACUGUUUGACCGAAGUGUGGACUUUGCACCCUUCAAUGAAGACACACCCCUCUACACCCUAGCAAAAGAGUGGAUGGAGAACAAGCCUUAUCGACAGAGGGUGAGCUCAGAGAUCACUGACAUGGAGGGUGAUGGUAGUCAGGAUACAGUGUCAAGCUCCCCUCUUGACUCAGAAAAUGAUGGCCAGUAUGUUUCGAGCCUACCAACCCCCAGCCAAAUCAAGAGUGAGCUGAAAUUCCCCCGCAUCCCUGAACCUCCCCCUAGGACUGAACCUGGGCUAGAUACAGUUCCAGAAGAACCUGUGUGCACUGUGUCUGAACUGAAAAACAACCAUCUCCAAAGAUGGAAAAAAAUUAAAAAGAGCUGGCGAGUGGCUUCAGCCAUCAACCAAACACCUUAUAAAGAAAGCAUCAAGAAGCUCCGUGAACUUUACCAGCACUGACGUUGUAUGACCGUAGAGAGACCGUAGAUGAGUUUAUCAGUCUGCUCAGGGCAGCAUAUGGCUUCCAUUCAUGACAAAAAACUGUCGAACUGGUUUUAGUAGCUCUGAUAUCUCUUGUCAUUCAAGAAGAGAAUCAGCAUGAUCUCCUUGUGGCAUAUGUAUCCAUAUCACAAGUUUUAAUUUGUACAAAUAAAAUACAAAUUAUAAUUA